AUGGAUAACUUGAUUGAGAUGGAUGACUUGAUUGAGAUGGAUGACUUGAUUGAGAUGGAUGACUUGAUUGAGAUGGAUGACUUGAUUGAGAUGGAUGACUUGAUUGAGAUGGAUGACUUGAUUGUGAUGGAUGACUUAAUUGUGAUGGAUGACUUGAUUGAGAUGGAUGACUUGAUUGAAUUGCGUUGUUUGACCAAGUCUGCCGAUUGUCCUGAAGCCGAAGCCCGCCACAGUCAGACUGGAACGGUUGAUUGA